GUCGGAUAUUAAAUUCUCUCAAAGCAAAUAUGGCGAAAGGAAAUCGAAUAUACCUAUAUUUAAGAGGAGCUCGAAGGAAUUCGAGGAUAUCAGGAGUCCACAGGAAUCACCAAAACGAUCUCUUAUACCACAAAGAUAUAGAGGAAGCACCGACGACCUUAGACGUAGUCGUGAGGAUAUAAGCGUGCCAAGUUUGAUACCGAAACUCCUGUCACCUCGUAAUAAAGAGGAUAGAUUAAUAAAGCGUCAGGAUAAUAAGGACGAAGAGAUUCGUACGAAUGUUACGAAAGUUUUAACUACGUUACGAAAGGAUAUAAAAGAGGAGACUAGAUUUACGAACGUUAUUAUAUCGCAAAAUAAUAUUAUUAACAAUAGUAACGCAAAAGAGGAGAAUAAAAUUGGUAUACGAACAUAUCGACGCGACAAUAUUGCCAGAGAGGAAGGGAAAGAGGAGAAGGAGAAGAAAGAGAAAGAAGAAGAGGAAGAGAAGGAAGGGGAGGAGGAGGAGGAGAAGGAGGAGGAAGUGGUGGACGUGGGCAGGGAUUGUACAAAUUCAAAUGCGAGCGUUUCUACAAAAGGAAAACAAAUCGGGAAGGAGUUUGUUGGCGUUAAGAAAACGGAGGAGGAAGAGGAGAAGGAGGAGAAGGUGGAGGAGGAGAGGAAGGAGGAACGCGUGGGCGAAUUAAUCUCGUCGAAAACGAAAUCAAUCGUUUCCGAAUUGAGUAAAAGGAAAAGGGAAAGCUUAGAUGAGAUUGAGAAUUUAGAGGAUGUUGAAUUGGAAUUGGAGACUGACCGAUCUUCAACGAUAAAGCAAUUUAUAAGGGAACGAAAAUUAAUAUCGGAUGAAUUUACGACGAUGUUGGACGUAAUUGAUAAAAGCGUUGAUAAGGAAAAGACGUCCUUACAACUUCAAGAUAAGGAUCUACCGGAAGAUAUCAAUAGGAGUAUGGAUAACGGAUUCGAAGGGAUGAUGAUCCCGAUCGAGGAUGAAAAAACUAUCGAUUAUAUCGAUCGUUCAAUCGCGGAUGUUCCUUCGAAUGUUCUCGAUAACGAUAACGACGAUGAUGUCGAUGUUAGUGCCGUUAAUACGAACGAUCGAAGAUCCCUCGUUGACGUUGUUGGUCAUACCAACAAGAAGAUGGAGGAAUUUCAAGUGAUACGUCGAAAAUUUUCAAAGGAAGAAUUUUCAAAUACGGACGACACGGACGAGACACCGAACAAGCGUUGCUCAAGCCAUUUGUCACCGGAGGCGAGCCCCUUGAGUACAAGAUCCUCAAGAUACAGCCCUCGAGAGAGCGAAAGCGAACCGACACCUGCUCUACCACGGAAAAUAGGUGGAGAUUCUUGUUCUGCUUCCCAGAGAAUAAGAGAUGCGAUAAGUAGAAGCAGAAGGGAAUCGAAUAGUAGCGCAAGAUAUGAGAGUAGCGGUAGCGAGAGUGUAAGACUGAGCGAGACAGGACUGCACGAUUGCGUGGAUUUAGCAAGGAAGUUGAAAUUUUUUGGUGGCAACGGAAGUGGUGCAAUACCAUUGAUCAUCGGAAAAGACGAAAUUAUUCAACGCGAUAGUGCAACCAGUGCGGGUGAGGAUGAGCCACACGAGGAAGGUCAUAGCAAUAGAAUCGGUCCGAUUUCCUCUCAGGGAAGAUCGAUGUUUCGCCGACGUAGACAAUUCGACGCCCAGGGUUCAAGAAGAAGGGGCCGAUCGCACGCUAGAACUUGCUGCGGAGAGGAUCUUCAGAGUCUUCAGACACUUCACGUGAUUGGACGUGCCGAAAGACAAGAGAGUCCAACCGGUAGCAACGCCAAUACCACCAGCAACAACAACAAUAACAACAACAACAAUAAUAAUAAUAAUAACAAUAACAAUAAUAAUAACAAUAAUAAUAAUGGACAGGAUCAACCGAUAGUCGAUUACAGAAGAUUAGUCUUUAUAAGUUCGGAUUCUUCGUCUGGUCGUGAGGAGGACGACGCUGACAGCAGUUGUUCCAGUUCCUCUUACUUGAACGGUUUACCACGCGGUGGUAGUCACGCUCAGUCCCUCGAGGAUUGCGAUUGGGAUUAUUUCGAGAGCGGUACAUUACCGCUUCCUCACGGUAUACCAGUCGCCAUUGGUAAUAGUAACAUAACCACGGAUCCUAAUAUUUCCCAGGAUUGGAGUUGUUGUCCUGGACGUGGUUCCUCGGCUUGUCAGGCUUGCGGGGGUUCUGGAAGCGCAAACGUACUUCCGGUACCCGUCCCUAUACCAGUCCCAGUACCAUAUCCGGUGCCGGUUCCGGCAGCUCUCUGGACCGGUGAUUUUGCAGCGGCAGCGUCCUCAAUGAUAAGUCGUGUCGGAGAUUCGGAGCCCGGAACGUUGAGGUUGAGAGGAGAGCCAGGAGCACCUUGGUUCGCUUGGCAUCCAAGAUUUAAUCAGCCAUUGCAUCGCGGUAGACUCGAUCCAAGACUGACCGGUAUAUUCGAUCCAACCAAUUGUAGUUUUAGGCCUGAACAAGUGAUAGGUCCUCGUCUUUACGAGUCAAAUAACGAAACGACAAUUUCAUCGGGCAAUGAAUCUAACAAUCGUAAUAAUUUGCACGAGAGCAUAGCUGAGUCGGUUCAAAAUAAUCGUGAAAAUAAAUUAGGCAAAUCAAAUACAAACGCGGAAGAAAAUUUAAUGAGCGAGACAUUGAUGAAAAAGGAAUUAUUAGUCGAGUCCGCGGAAAAGGUGGUUGAAAAAAAGGAUGACUCUGCGGACGUUACCAAAGCGGAGAAACACGUACAGAUCGAGAACAGGAUGGAAAAGAACGAAGUGGAAGAAGAGGAGGAGGAAGAGGAAGAAGAAGAAGAAGCCGUUUGCGAGGAUUCCUUGUCUUCGUCAUUCGAGAGCAGAGCUCAAAUGAUCUAUCAAAGAUCUCACGAGGAUUCAGGUAGUUCAUCUGGACGUUCUUCGGCUGACAGCAGUGACCUCGAGGAAGAUUCUACCUCUCAUAGAUUUUCAAGAGUAUUCGUCGUCAACGACGAUUCUUUUACAAGCGACAACGACAUCGAGGACAACGGUGAAGAGGACGAUUCUGAUUCAGCUAAUGAGCAAGGUGGUGUAACCUUGAAACGUGUUACCGCAUUGCCAGAGGAAGAAUCUGUUAUUUUGCAACACGUACGUUUAUUAAACGAGGAUGGCGAUUUUGAGGAUAUCAAUGGGAAUCAAAAUGAUAGGAACAGAAUCGAUGAGGUUGAAACUGAUCGAAGAAGGGUUAUUAAUCCAAACGAUAAUUCUAAUUCGGAGAGAAAUAAGAGUAAUCGAGAUGGACGUCAACGUGUAGAUGUUGAUAAUGACGAUAGAAUACCAUUGUUGGUUGAUCAUCGACUUAUACCAGAAGAGAUUUAUCUCGCCGAUGAGAGCGAAUCAUUAGGUAACAAAAUAGAAUUGAAAUCGGUUAGAGUCUUUGAUCCUGAUAGCAUCGAUACAACCUCGAACGUUCCUCCGAUCGAGGAAACUAAUGAUAAUCACUCGUUAGAUUCAGAAAUGAUUUUUAAUGUAAAUCCUAUUAGGAAGAGCGAUAGAUCGAUCGGGAUCGAUCGUUUGUCGAAAAUCGUUAAUCCAAAUGAUAACGAGAAAAACUACGUAGAAUGUGAUUUAUCUAAUUCGAGUGAAAACUGGGAUUCCACGAUAAUACCAGACUCGUUGGAAAUAUCAAGAGAAGUUGCACAGGGAUAUAAGUUCUUAGAAAUCUCAGAUGAUUUGAAAAAAUUCAAUUUGAACGACGACAAGAAGAAGAAGGAGGAGGAUGUCGUAUGUAGAAACUCGUUUUACGAUAACAACGAUUGUGAAACGCCAACGGAUAAGCUUAACGUUUUAUCGGAGUUAUUGAACGACAGUACCUCAGAUCGUAAGAGAGAUAACAACGAAUUGGUUCGUAACGUUAUCGGCAAUUCGUUUUUAUCCUCGAUGGAAAGUUCGACGGGUAACGAAACAACAACGACAGGAAGUGAGGAGGUGAGCAGCGAUGAGCUUCACGAGUACGAGGUCACGCCGUUCUGCAAUUUUAACGCGGCUACAACAACGAUUUCCGCCGUUAAUGAGGAAUUGUUGUUGUUGAACCGUGUAAAAGUCGAUAACACAUUGAAAAGUAUAAAUGACAAUGACGGGAAUGACGACGAGAACGACAACGAGAACGACAACGAGAACGACAACGAGAACGACGACGAGAACGUCGAGGAUGAGAACGAGGAUGAGAACGAAGAGGUUAACAGCGAGAACAAGGAAGAAGAAUCGAUCGACGAUAAGUCUUUACGUAACACCAGUACGGAGAGUCUUGCUGGAUGGAACAAUUACUUGGAAAAAGGUCUUACGGUAUCGGAUAGGAACGAGGAAGAGUUGAGUAAGGUGUUGGAGGUGAGUAAAAAGUUAACGGAGAAGGAAUUAAACGGUGAAAAGGACGUAGCAAAGAAAUGGGCAGGCCGGGAUGUAGGAGAUGUUAUAUCAAGCAAAAUUCAAGAGAUCUUCAUGAGCGCUGAACGUGCCGAACGUGGAACGGAGACUGCGCACGAGCAUGGCUCGUAUACGGUGAGAGGCGAUAGUCCUGUUUCGAGCGAGGUAGUAGGAAGCAACAUCGGAGGUGGUAGCUGCGACGGUGGUGGUAACGGUGGUGACGUUGACGGUGAGGACUACGGCGGCGGUAGUGGUGCCGAGGAAGGUGGUAGUGGUAAAUGCGAUGAUAGUGAUGGUGACUCGACGGAGGGGGUAUCGACACGGUUUCGCUCAGUCGAGCGACGCCCGUCCACUCGAAAGGAGAAUGGAUUCCCUCCUGCCGCGUCGACUAAGGAUUCCACAAGAGACGCAACUCGCUACUUUCCCUCCUCGACGAUAUCUUCGAACAACAAUACCGGUUUCAACGACAACAACAACAGCAACAACGCUAAAUAUAGGAGCCUCGUGAUGAUUACCCAAGAAGCUUCGUAUCAACCGGUGAGCGUGAUCACGUCGGACACUACGACCUUGUUGCAGCCGGAUGAAGUCCACACGGCUGGUCAGGGUCUGGCCGGGUAUUUCCAGCUGGCGCUCGAAGCCGUAGCCGAACAGCCUCACCGUAAGACAGGUCAACCUCCAAGAAGACCCCUCAUGGUUAAAAGAUUGCCGACCAAUGUGACGAAUCAUUCAGAAACAGAGGUAGACAGUGGCUUGAGCGUGGGUAGUGCCAGUGAGAGCGAUGACGUAUCGGUUAAGAAUGCCAAUAAGAUAAAUAAUCGUUUGGAAGGUAGUAACGAAGAAUCUCAGACGAAGGAUCGACAGAAUAAUGAUCAUAAAGAAGGAUUGCGAGCACGUGCAUCUUCGCAAUCGAGCGACGAUAACUCUGCAACUGGUGGGGUUGUUAUACUCGAAGAAGGAUUAGCCGAUGAUGACUCCUGGGUCGAGGAAGUCUCUCACGACGAGGAUGAACCUGGCGCUACGACAGCGACCGAGGAGAGUUCCGAGGACGAAGCUAAUAAUCUUGGUGAUCGGGAAGAAGAAUUACGAGGAUAUCACAGGCAAGCUAUUGACUUUACCCUUCAUACUAUCGUCGAGGAAUCAUGCGAGGAGAGCGAAGCCGAACCCAGUUUGGCUGCAGGUAGCCCAUCGAAAAAACAACGACCGCCGUCUGCCUCGGAAUUGGAAAAAUAUUUUUUCUUUGGACUCGGUGGCGAUGGAAACAAUUCGAGCAUGGGAUCACGUGAGGUCGAUAGUCUGUCCGAGACAUCGUCAAUUUAUUCCGAAGGUCUUGAAUCUCUUGGACAAGACGAACCUACCAGUACUACAUCAAACACCAGUACCACCACUGGCUGUCAAAGUCAAGAACGAUUGAAUUCCAGCGAUGGAUUUCUCAAUUCUUCGAGAUUAGAAAAGUACUUUCUAUCGGAGUUUCUUGGAUUCGAUCAAGAUAGACGUGAUUCUGACGGAUCGGUUGGUAGCGAUUCCGAAGGUAGACCAAGUCCAGAGGCACAACGAAGGAAACGUCUUGUUCGUGCUAGAGGUACAGGCCGUUCGCACAGUUCUUCUCUCGAUAAUCUAUUGGCCCUGACGCAGAGCUCGCAAAAUUUGAGUUCCCAAAAUUCUCUACAAGAUCUUAGUCUCAAUCAAGAUCUUCAAGAAACUCAAUCAGAAGGAUCCUCGACCGAAACUGAUGGGGCAGAGGAUGGACAAACCGCGGUAUUUGGUACGGAUGGACAAUUUGAUACGGUCAAAAGGAAAAAGAAAAAGCCUAGAAAUUUAGGCACGCAAAGUCCUCGUGUACCGGACGACAGAAACAAAACUCCAGAGCCUAACAGAGAAAUGAUAUUGGUAGGAGAGGUGGUAGUGGAGGACGAUACGGAGGCCGCGAAUUCUGAAGAUUCCGAGAGAGCAAAAACACCUCAACCUGAAUGUGCUUUGUCUUCAUCCUCGUCGCCAUCAAUAAUUCCAAACGCAUCUACGACACCCUCUCCGCAAAUUGUCGAUUCAUCGAGGAACCUUCUCUCGUCUUCUGCCGAUUCUAUCGCUUAUAAUCAAAGAUCGAAACAACAAUCGAGAGACUCCGGCUUCGUAGGUAGUUGCGACGAUCUUUUGCAACAUCAAAAAAUACCAGAUGACGUACAGGUUAAUUCCGAAAUUAAUCAAGAGACGGGAAAAGAUCGUGCAAGAAAGGAAGGUAACAUAUGCGUACGUACGACGGACGAUACUAUUUCAAACGAAACCGUUGUCGAUAACGAAAAGAACAAUUCGAUAAAGAUAGAUCAUCCUAUAAAUCACACGAGUAUGCCGCACUUGCCAAAUGCAUCUUUAUCGCGCAAGGAUAGCUUUAACAAUUGGUCGAGCGACGAGGAAACGAAUCUGAUGAUGUCGAAGAUGCGACAAUUUUUCAAAACCAUGGUCGCAAACUCGAAUGGCCAAGGACAAAACGUUGGAAAUGCAAAUUCUACCGGCGCCUCGCCAGCACCGAGUCCACGAUUACCCGGUUAUACGUCCAAGUCAAGGAUUUGUCCGCAGAAUCGUACUAAACCACCGCAAUUGGUAUACUUCGAGAACGAGUUGACCAGAUUAAUGAAAACUGUACCUGGUAUACGAGACGAACAAGUUCGAGAAAUAGUCGAAUAUUUAAGUUCUGAGGAUACUUGGUCAGAUUCUUAUGACAGUUCGGAUUAUACAAGUUCUGAUUUAGAAGGGGCUGCUGGUGGUCGUCGUUCGGCAUUGCAAGAACAAAUAUCACAAAGUUGUCAACAGAUCAUAAGCAAGUUCGAUACAACCUCCGGUGAAAAUCUUUUGAACGAGAAAGAUAAUAAAGAAGAUAAGAAUGGUACUAACAAUCUUCAGGGCCCAUGCCUCGGUAGGGAUACCGCAUUCGUUUAUCAAAAACUAGUCCAAAGUUUUACAAAAAUGGCAGGUGACGGUGUUAGUUCCGAUACAAAUUCAACGCCCCACAGCAGUCCUCCUUUGAUCGCAAAGGUGAUGCAUCACAUAGGAAGUCGAUUGGUAGCACUUAUGCACGAAGUAUCCGAAGGUGGUCCAGCCGUUCAACAUCAUUCGACUACAACAUGGAGAAGAUACUCGCAACAUCAUCGGACACCUUCGUCUGCCUCAACUACGGAAGACGAUGACUCUACCUCGGAUUCGACUAAUCCAACGUCCUCGGCUCAUCUCCAAUUACCUAGAUCAAAGUCUCACGAUCCUUUGUUACUUAUUAAUAAUCAUCCUAAUACGUCGACCGGUCAGGAGGGAGAAGAAAGGGAGGCUAGCGAUUACGAGAGAUUCUCAUGGCGCGGUAGUUUCGAGUCAGCAUUAAUGGCUGCUGAUUCGAGGACAAAACUAAGCCUAUUGGCUUGCAGCGGGGACGUUAGUGGAGUUGGGGCCAGUGCUAGUGCUAGUGCUUUGGCAAUGGCAGCUAAAAGACGCAGUGCCGGUGAUUUGUUGUUCAAUCCUAGGAGCUUGUCGAGAGAGCAAUUGGAUAGAGUAAGAAGUUGCGGUUCCAUUGGUGGUGGUAGCGGUGGUGGAGGUAUAGGAGGUGGAGGAUGUGGAGGAUCUAUCGAGGAAAGGAUUUGGAGUAAUAGAAGAAGAUCUUCCGUUCCAGACGCUAACACUAGAGGAGAAUCUGGUGCGUCAGCAGGUGACGAGGACACAGAGGAUGAACUGGAAUACGGUGCCGGCGAAUCGUCACGUGCUACGACACUUCCUCGUGGUAUUCAAUCGGCAUUGAGCGCGGCAACGAAUUCUCUUCCACGAUUACCGGCUUCGACAACUACGACUGGCCUUACGACAACGUCAACGACCUCAUCGCAAAUGCACAAAGCUCACAGCGUUUAUCAUUUUCUACCGCAACAUAGCGGCGUUAAAUCGGCCAGAUAUCGACCGCCCGGUUUUGCCAGGAACAGCAACGUAACAGCGGGAACAAUUGGUGGCCCGAAACGUGCGGUCAGUGCACCGGGUUUACAGGUUUCGGGCUCGCAAAGUUCUGCGGCUAAACGCGACAAUUCUAGAACUAGAAGGCAACAGGCUAUCUCUCUGACACCGGACGAUGGAAGUAGCCUAUCAGAGGCGUGCAGUACGCCAAUCAUCGGGGCUGGUUCGCGUGCUGCUUCUAGUCACACGGUCAUGGAUAUGGACGAUAUGGAUCCUGGAUUGCAUUCUGGACAUCUCGCUACUCGUGCCUCUUUGUCCAGCCUUGGAGCACGCUCGGAUUCAAUGGCAUCGGUUUACAGUGGUGCUGGUGAAGGAAGGUGCUGUAGAUCGGUAGUCGUUACCGGCGAAGUCGAAUUUGCAUUGCAGUACGAUUACAAGCACCUAACGUUCGAGGUGCACGUUACUAAAUGCAAGAAUCUCGCUCCAGUCGACGUCAAACGAAAGCGAUCCGAUCCAUACGUGAAGGUCUAUCUCCUGCCGGACAAAUCUAAAAGCGGUAAACGCAAGACGAAGGUGAAGAAGCACACGUUAAACCCGGAAUUCAACGAGACUUUGAAGUUUCACAUGAGCCUGAGCGGUUUGGAGACGAGGACAUUAUGGCUGACAGUAUGGCACUCGGACAUGUUCGGACGAAAUGAUUUUCUCGGAGAGGUGCGAAUGCCAUUGGAAAAUAAAAUUUUUGAUGACCCGACACCAAGAUGGUAUCCACUUCAGGAAAGAACAGAACCAUUCGACGAUCCAAUCGCUUACAAAGGUGAAGUAAUCGUCGGCUUGAAGUUCGUACCACCUGAUCCCGCACAACAACAGGAACGUGAGCUGGGCUCCGAUCACAAGGGUGCUUCGAAAUCGAGAAAAAAUUGGAGUCGUGGUGCUUUGCACGUUCUUGUCAAAGAGGCCAGAAAUUUGCAAACGAGAGCUAAGAAUUCUGGGACCUGUGAUCCAUUUUGCAAAAGUUACCUGCUACCAGACAAAGGUCGAUCGGGUAAACAAAAAACUGGUGUAGUUCGUCGUUCAGGUGGUUCACCAGUUUGGGGUCAUACAUUUGUCUACAAGGAUGUAAGUUUGCAAGAGUUAGCCGAGCGUGGACUCGAAUUAACUGUAUGGGAUCAUGAUCGUAUCGCCAGCAAUGAAUUUUUAGGAGGCGUACGUUUCAACCUUGGUACAGGAAAGCAUUACGGGAAGGCGGUAGAUUGGAUGGACGCUACCGGACGUGAAUUGUCUCUUUGGCAAAGUAUGCUCGAGAGGCCUAACUUUUGGGUAGAAGGUGCUGUUACCUUGAGGCCAAAUCUACAUAAUCAUGGGAAAUCUAAUAACGGCUCUUAAAAGCCAAUUUCAUCAUCGAAACAAUUAGAAUAUUGAAGUUAUAUCUAUUUUUAGCUAAUCAGUCAGUGUAAAUAGAUUAAGCGAGAUUAAUCGGUCUCGUUCUCGAUGAUAGAUAAUCAGUGCCUUUCGGAAAAAUGAAGAGAGAAAAAAAAAAGAGAAAAAAGAAAAAAGAACAAAAAAAUACGGAAAAAAAGAAUCCUCCGUUUCCCCUCCUCCUUCUUGGAAAAGAAAAAAGGAAAAAGAGAAGAAUCGAAAAGCAAUGAAAAAAAGGAAAGAUAGACGCUUAUACAUACCUAAUCACGUUCUCUCCAGUUGCGAAAAGUUUCAAGAAGAGAAAAAAGAAGAAAUAAGAACGACAAUACAAUAGCAAUAAUAACAACAAUCACAAAA